CAGGCCCUGUGUGUACACACUGUUUCAUUAGCCGGCGAAUUUUAUUGAGCGUUGAAUGCAUUUCUUGUUUUGACUAGUGCAUUAGGACCGCGAAGAUGGCCGACGAUGAGCAUGAGGACCAGAAGGAGUACCGCUGGGAAACGGGCUAUGAAAAGACAUGGGAGGCCAUCAAGGACGACGAGGAUGGGAUGCUGGAUGGAGCCAUCGCCGAGAUCAUUCAGAAGGCCAAACGCCAGAGGCAAGCUCAAAAGACCAAGCAGAACCGCCUGGGCAUGAUGCGCCACAUGUUCCUCGUGCUAGACUGUUCUGAGUCCAUGAGCGUACCUGAUCUAAAGCCCACACGACUGCGUUGCACCGUCAAGCUGCUGGAGCUGUUUAUCGAGGAGUUCUUCGACCAAAACCCCAUCAGCCAAUUGGGAAUCAUAGCGCUAAAGGCUAAACGAGCGGAGAAGGUGACCGAACUUACCGGCACUUCGCGAGUGCACCUCAAAGCGCUAGAGAGCCUGGCCAACGUGUCCCUGACCAGCGAGCCGUCGCUUCAAAACGGCUUGGACUUGGCGCUAAAAUCGCUCAAGGUGGUGCCGUCGCACGCCUCCCGCGAGAUCGUCAUUAUCAUGGGCUCGCUUACCACCUGUGAUCCUGUCGACAUUAACAUCACGAUCGACGAUUUGAAAAAGGAGGGCAUACGCUGCUCGGUUAUUUCCCUGUCGGCUGAGAUUCACGUUGCCCGCUACCUCACCCAGCAAACAAUGGGCACCUUCGGGGCUGUUCUGGACGACGCACAUUUUCGAGAUCAACUCAUGUCCCAGGUAGAUCCACCGCCCGCCGCCAAGACUCAGCACAACUCGCUUAUCCGUAUGGGUUUUCCGCACACCAAGAACGAAGUUGAGGGCAAGGACGCGCCGUUGUCCAUGUGCAUGUGCCACAUAGAGAACUUGGAGGAGCCCAGUGAACUCACCACUACUGGGCACCACUGCCCGCAGUGUAACAGCAAGUACUGCGAGCUGCCCGUGGAGUGCCAGUCCUGCGGGCUCACUCUGGUCUCCGCGCCGCACUUGGCGCGCUCCUACCACCACCUUUUCCCGGUGCCAAACUUUGAGGAACUACCGUUUGAGGCGAUGCCUGCUUCGUCCUCCGACCUCACUAGCGGGGUUAGGGAGUGUUAUGCGUGUGCCAAAGCCCUCGGGCAAAGCGUCGACAAGGUCGCCGAUAAGGUCGUCUACAGAUGCGGUUUCUGCAAACAGUAUUUUUGCGUUGACUGCGACAUCUUCAUUCACGAUACUUUGCACGCCUGCGUGGGAUGCAACACCAUUCCCGGCGUAGACGGCCUGGUUUACCAGCAAAGUUCUAAGCCUGACCAGGUUGAUGCGCACCCAGGGCCCUCGAAGCAGCGCGCACAGUUUGGGAUGUAAUUGACUUUCUAAAAAUAUGUAGAUAUUUUGAACUUCCACCUAACUGCGCAUUUGGGCCAAACAAAAUACAUUUCAAUUCGAAAGGGUGCUCGUGAGUUAUGUGAAUUAAAAUCUGGCUUUAUGCUUAAUAAUUGUAAAGGUGAGCGUAGCAUUAUUAUGGCCGUUGUGUGAAACCCUCUCAAUUGUAUAGCAAGUUACUUGGUCGUAGGCUCUCUGUGCAGCUUCAUGCAAACUUGGCGCACUUUUGUCUAGAGCUUGUUUGAGUUCAUCGUCAGCGUUUGCCGCAUUCGGUCGGGUUUAGUUUCGAUUCGAUCCAAAAGCUCCCAACAUCCACAGGUGUUCUCGUUCGAACUUUAGCUUUAAAGACGUUAACCCGCGUUGGUGUUGUGAAUUUGGAAGAGCCAGCACCUUUGUUCAGAGGGAGACUGAUUUGGAGUGGAUAUAUUGCUCUAUGAGACCAUACAAAAUUUGAGAUUAAUGACGCUGUUUUAAACUAGUAUUAAACCAGUUAGAGCCCAGCUAAACCGCCACAACAGUCUAUUCAUUCAAGUUAAACAUUUAAUUGAAGAGUCAUAAACAUUGUGAAGCUGCUUUGUUAAUCAACCACAACAAGAACUCCCCCUUCAUUUCUCCAAAACAACAUAAACAACUGACGCAAAUGACUUCCGGGCAAUUGAAAUGGAAAUGAUAAUCCUAUUUUCCCACCCCCAAUCUCCGCCCCACCCACGUGCAUUUUAAUUUAUUAUAUAAAAA